GUCACUGUACAAUUAUGUUACGUUGAGAGAGCAAGUACAGAAAGAAGGAGAGAGGGGAGAGAGAGUAGUACUCAUUGAGGAGAGGCUGGAGCCGAACUGGAGGGUAAACGAAUGCUUUUUGUAAGGGAGGCAAUGAUUCGGACAUGCCGAAGACAUCUCACCCCCUUCCUCCAAAACGCCAAUCUUCUCCUCUCCACUACUUAAAUAUCUCCCUCUUUCUAUAUUCCACCAACCACUUCUCAUUUUCCCACUAAUAACUCCUUGCUUUCGCUUCCAAUUCCCAAUUCCUCUUUAAUUCAUUCUGGAUUUCUAAUUUCUCGCCAUACACAUAAUUGUCUCAUAGACAUAACAAAGAGAGAGAUGCGAAGCAUGGCAAGCUCGGCUUCCUCGCGAGGCAUUGCAGCCAUCGUCGGUGUGGGCCCCAACCUUGGCCUCUCCAUCGCUCGCAAGUUCGCUCACGAAGGCUACACAGUUGCCAUCCUCGCGCGUGACUUGGGGAGGUUGUCAAGAUUUGCUGACGAAAUAGCGAGGGAAGAGAAGGCGCAGGUUUUUGCUAUAAGAAUAGACUGUUCCGAUUCAAGAAGCGUGAGAGAGGCAUUUGAAGGAGUUCUCUCUCUGGGGUUCGUGGAAAUUCUCGUCUACAAUGCUUACCAGCCAUUACCUUGGUACCCCACCUCCUUCCAAGACCUUCGCGUUGAUUCCUUCGAAAAAUCCCUCGCCAUUUCUUCCGUCGGUGCCUUCCACUGCGCUCAACAGGUGCUGUCGGGCAUGGUUGAAAGGGGAAAGGGAACGAUUCUCUUCACUGGCUGCUCCGCUUCUCUGAACGGCAUUGUUGGAUACUCUGAACUAUGCUGUGGGAAAUUCGCUUUGAGAGCACUAUCGCAAUGUUUGGCCAAGGAAUUUCAACCUCAGGGAGUGCACGUAGCUCAUGUUAUCAUUGACGGUGUCAUUGGCCCACCCAGAGGACCAAUGUUGACGACGACGUCAUCAUCGUCGCAGAGGAGAAAUUCAUUGGGGGAGCAAAGCAGUGGAGUAGUGGGAGGAGGUGAGGGUACUAUGGACCCGGACUCACUCGCUCAAACCUUCUGGCACUUGCACGUUCAGGACCGAAACGCUUGGACCCAGGAGAUGGAUCUUCGCUCACCCUCUGCUAGAUUCUUCUAGCUACUUCACUCCCUACCUCAAUUUAAUUAAAAAUGUCCCCAGCUCAAUUAUAUAUUUUUCACGCUAUUGUCAAAUCUCAAUCACUUCAUCCAUGAUGUCACGGCAUCAACCGUGAAUUCAAUGAUGUUUCCAAUCAACACUGUUGGGGCCUUGCCGGUGUGCUAAGCUAUGUGUAUGUACAAAGUGUUAUAUCAUACGUUGUGUUGUUAGUUUGGGUCAAUUAAGUCGUAAUUAUCACUGUUUUUCUUUUUAGAGAGAACGAAAAUGAUGUAUUUUAGUAUAUCAUAUGAAUAUCAAUAUCAUCCGUUUGUGUGUAUAAUUUAUUUAAUUUGGAUUUGGAUUA